AUGCUCAAAAGGAGCUUAUUCGAACUCCUCGAUGGUAGUCACACAACCUUAGACCCUGGGUUUGGUCUACUUCCUUACGGGAAAGUCGAUUCUGAUUGUGUGGUUGAAUCAUUCAACCGUUCCCAGCAUCCAACAUUCUCACUCUCGGAUUCUGAAGAACCAGAAAGCGAAGAGAAUCAAUCCUGCCAAAAAAACAAGGAUUUAGAGAUGAAGGAGGAACUGAAAGAAAUCAAUACGACCUCCACUUCUUUUCUACAUCAUUUCCCUCGAGCCAGGUAUCGCUUCUCCCAACACCCCUCAUCUCUGGAUCAGGAUCUUGACAACCGAUUGCGAUAUGGUGUGGUCAACUGCCUUGAACAGGGGUACGAUGAUACUACUUUAUCGGAAAUAAGUAAAUCAUCACCGCUGCAGACAAGUAAUUCUACCGAUUUGGCUGUUGUUACAGUCGUUUCUCCAUCAGAGCACCAUCAUUUAAAUUCAGCAGUAACUUCGAGUUCUGGACCUCGUGUUCUAAUCGGAAAUCCUGUGUACCAGCCCGUUACUCCUAAGCCUCAGCACAUCUCCACUUGGCCGAGGAAACAUAAUAUACUUAAUCUGAUUCAUAAUCGUCGUUCAUUGGACGUCUGCAUUUCUCUAAAUGACAGAAAACGCACAAUAGAAGAAGUAGCAGUUUCCAAAAUCGAAUCAGAACCACAAUCUUCGAACCUUGCUUUAGACAAUCUAAGCCUACCUGAUCUUGAAACAGGCGGUUUCUUCGCAAUGUUAAUUGCUGUUUUAAGGUCCCGAAGAGAGGAGUGUCGAAGGCCUGAAGAUUUGGAACAGAUGACAACGUCAGAGUUGGCUCAAGAAAAGCUGGACCUACAAAAAUGUCUGCUUUAUUUCGAAAGCGCCAAAGGACGGCCCAUGGACUCUGCUACGAAGAGGAUAAUGAAACCGCUAUACGAUCGAUAUAGAUGCGUUCGUCGAAUGGUACGGUUAUCCUCCAAUUCAGCAGUUCGUCUCAGUCGGAGUCGUUCAAAUGGGUCUGCGGCACGACCUUCUAUUGAUUUAGUCGAAGUACCACCAAAAAAGGAAUCAACACCUUCCCAUCCUGCUCAAUGUUUACCAGAAGUUGUUGAUCUCCCUCCAGAACAGCAUAUGAUCAUUCUCGAGUCCUCGCCUCUCCUUGUCACGUCAUCCACUAACUAUUCCCAUUCGGAAGCCACUGAGAGAACCAACUCUAUAAUGGGUAAUCCGCCAUCUGACUCAUUCUUCCUCAAUUGGGAUUUGUCCCUACUCGAAUUCGCCAAGACGGCUAAAGCCGUUGGACCCGAAGAUCUUACUCGUGGAAAGGGCGAAAUUUUGUUGGUGAAACACAAACUUCAACGCUUUCUUUAUGACUUUGAGAAAAGGAUUCAGGAAUCUACAAAUCGACCUCCUUCCAAACAAGAUCGCGAUGGAUUUAGAAGCGAGUACAAUCGAUAUCGUGACUGCAAGCAGAGACUAUACGUUAUCGAUCGAUUUUUAGAGAAACCACAAACUAGUCCCGAGAGUUUGAUCGUUGAUACUCAAGCAGUUGGGCGGGCUCACAGACGAAGACAUGCUGUUGGAGAAAGUGCUACUGGUGGGGAAAUGCUUCAACGCAAGGUCUCCACGAUGACUAAGAAUAGCAGUGCUGACGCUGCGAUAGCUUGA